AGAAGACCACAACAGGUGUCUCUCCUGUCAGCUAAGAACAGGAACCUGAGGUUACGAUUCCCACAGGACUGGACCAAAAGCGACUGGAAAUCCCUUUCCUGGUCUUCUGAGUCUGGAUUUCAUUCGUUACGUCAGAAUUUUGUGUCACUAACAUGAAAGCGUGGAUCAAUCCUGCCUUGAUCAACACUUCAGCUUCUGCUGUAAAGUGACACAACUAUCCCCAUAACCCUGUCUGACACUCCCAUCACCAUGGUGGACUCAUGUCGCUUCCUGGGCACCACCAUCACCCAGGACCUCCAGUGGGAGCCCGCCAUCAUCUCCAUCAUAAAAAGGCCCAGCAGAGGAUGAACUUCCUGAUGCAGCUGAAGAAAUUCUACCCAUCAGAACAGUGGAUGAGGCGGUUCUACACCGCAAUCAUCGAGUCCAUCCUCGCCUCCUUAAUCACCGUGUGGUACGCUGGAGCUACCAUCAGGGAUAUGAAGAGGCUGCAGCGUGUUGUACGCUCUGCUGAGAAGGUCACUGGCUGUUAACCCUCCUCCAUACAGGACCUGUACACCUCCAGGACAUUGAGGCGUGCAGGUCGGAUCACAGCUGACCCGUCUCACCAUGGACACAGUCUCUUUAACUCGCUCCCAUCUGGCAGGAGGCUCAGAUCCAUUCGGACCAGAACCUCGCCACAAGAACCGAUUCUUCCCUUCUGCAGUCCGACUCAUGAAUGACCUAGGGCUGCCCACUCCAGUCGCUUGGUUUCAGUCACGUGACCCGGUGGUGUUUGUUUAUGUUUAUGUUUAUUUGUUUGGCAGACGCUUUUAUCCAAAGCGACUUGCAAUUUAUAACCUAUAGGGCAUGUUGUGAUCUGUGGGGGAAACCGGAGUACCCGGAGGAAACUCACGCAUGCAUGGGGAGAACACGCAGCUCCACGCAGAAAGGCUGCUGCUGGGUUUCGAACCUGCAACCUUCGUGCUGCGAGGCAACAGUGCUAACCACUGCGUCACCGUGCAGCCCAUGUUUGUGCCUGAACUGGUCCGCUCUGAUUAUUACCGUCGCUGUCUUCCAUAUAGCAGCCGUUUCUUUAAGUAUCGCCACUUUAUGUUAUUAUUUUAUCAUGAUUAUAUUCAUAUUUUUUAUUUUUAACUUCCUUUUUUUGCACUAAUUAUCACAGCGAUUUCCUAAUGUGAUUCUCGCACAUAUGGCAAUAAAACCUUCUGAUUCUGAAUCAUAACAAUAAUAAUACAUUUUAUUUCAUGGCACCUUUCUCAGACCCAAGGAUACUUUACAGCAAUAAAACCGAGAUAAAAUCAUUAAAAACAACACAGAUGUUGUUAGAACAAAUAAGAUACACAAAAAUUCAAUCAUUCUAAAGUCUAAGUCUAAAGGGAAUGUGAAGUGCAGAGGGAAGUGUGUUCCAGACAAGCCCCCACAAUGCGGGACAGAAAUUGAGUCCAACCCGGAAGUGAAAUAAAUUGCAGUUCCACCCUCAUCCACUAGGGGCUGGUGUCAGAAGCGAGCAAAUCCUCAUUGACUCCCAUGUUAAAAAUACCAAUUUCACAGCAGAAAUAAACAUGUUUACAGCCUGGUACCAAAACAUGUUUUUGGUUUAAAUGAUCUAGUUUACACUCAUGACAACUCUGAGGGGGGUGAAUUUUUUCUCACUCUUCUGUGUAAGUGUAUUAAAAGCCUAAAAUUCUGUAUAAUUAAUGAGCAUCAGACCCACGUGACCACAGAGCUAGCUCCGUGGAAAGGCCUCCGUAGAGCCUCGGUCUGGCUUGAAAACUGUUCCGUCAUUUUCAGUCUCUCGACUUAGACCAUUAGUUGUAGCGUUUGUGCAUUCUUUUUUGGAUAUUAUUUGUGCAAUUGUUGGACAAAAUGACUUGCUGUGGCAUUAAUUGCACUAAUAGAGCGUCCAAGGAGUCUCCACUUCAUUUUUUUGGUAAGUAAAAUUAAAUUUAUGUAUUUUAGGUCACUGCCGAGCUGAGCUUAGAUUUUAACAUGUACUGUUUAACCAUGAAAUUUAAAUGUAAUAGGGUAAACCCCAGUGCAUUUAACAUAAUGCUGCACUUUAGAAAAUGGGUUGAAAUAUAACAUGUUGGUGGAGCUGGGUUCCCACUAUCGGCUUGUGGAGCUCUCGGGAGACCUCUGUGAUCCACCCGGUUUUACCCUCCCCGCAGCUUGGCGCAUCUCUGUCUGAUCGCGGCUUCUGUCGGCUGAGCGGCUGCCGGCUUGUGGAGGUCUCGGAGACCUCUGUGUUCCACCCGGUUUUACCCAGCGGUCAGCCCGGCGUAUCUCUGACUCAGAAGCUCUGGUGUUGUGCACAGUUAACUCCGGUUGUAGCUAGGUUGCUACCUCCGUUAGCUUAGCUCCCACCUCCGCGUUAGCUUUGGGUUAGCUUCAGGUUAGCUUGGAGCUAGUUCGACCGGGUGUCGUCAGUUGAUCCCAGCCUUACAGCCCCACCCUCAGCUCCUCCUCUCUUCCCUUUUGUGGGAUUGUCUGGGCUUGACGGAACCUGUGACACGGUCAAAAUGGCGGUGGUGGCCACCUCCCAUUUUUCUUCAAAAAUGUGUUAUUGGAGCCUAUGGAAACCCAUUGUCCAUAUAUGUAUAUGUCGAUGGUUCCAGAGCUCGAGGUGGGACAAGGUGAUGUGCAGAUGAGGAUCUCAGAGACCAGGAAGUAGUUGUAAUAGUUAGUAAAUCACACAGACAAGGUGGGGUCAUGCUAUGGACAGAUUUAAACUUAGGAUCUUGUAUAUGAUCCUGGUUUCUAUUGGCAACCAAUGUAGUUUUUAAGGGAUAGGAGUGAUGUGAUUUCUUGAGGGGGGGCACCAGUAAUGAUGCAUGCUGCAGAGUUCUGGAGAAGUUGGAGUUUAUGAAGGGAUUUAGUCGGGAGACCAAAGAGAUGGAAGUUACAGAAGUCGAUGCUAGAGGUGAUGAGACUAUGAGCAUGAGGCGUGAGAAAAGGACGGAGGCUGUUGAUAUGGCGUAGAUGGAAAUAUGCGGCCUGAGUAACAUGGUUAACGUGAGACUGGAAUGGAAGUGUACCAUCUAGUAUGGCACCAAGACUUUUUGGGUGAACUGUGGAGUUGUCCGUAUUGAUCGAGAGAUGGGGAAAAUAGUCUAAAACAGAAGCAGCGCCCGUGAGUAGGAGUUCCGUUUUAUUGCUGUUUAGUUGAAGUAGAUUACGAGAGAGCCCAGAUCUAAUCUCCGAUGGACAGAGAGGGAGAUGGUGAAAGGGAUGAAUUUGGAUUGGAGGAGAUGUGUUUUUAUUUCCUCUAUUGCCUGAUUUAUGAAAGCUUUCCUGGUUUUGCCUUUGUCUGCUGACGCGAACAGCAGGCCGCCCAGCGUGUUGCAUCACGUCUGCAGAGCAGGUUGGGAAAUGGAGAGAUAAAAGAUUUUUCCCUCGUGGGAGCGCGUGGAAAAGGUGAUGCUGAGAAACUUGUUGUUGCGAGUCGACACCCCUGAGACGGGUGGGCGGAGGGCCUCGCAACAUCUUCACUCCCUCGGGCUGCAACUUUCAACAGCUUCAAAACAGUGUCGUCAUGCUUUUCCACCUGCGCUGGACAGUCCAUGCAUCAGUGUGUGGGAUUAGAUUCAAAGAUAUUGGCUCAAUAUUGGUUCAGAGGUUUUAAAAAUGUCUUUAAGAUGAAAAAUUACGUUUCACUGCUUUGUCAAAAAAAUCUGACUGGAAUCUGAAUAACAUGACGUGUAAUUAUUGUAAAAUAGUGUAAAGUAUGAUUUAUCCAGUUCCCGUAAAAAUUCUUACGCUGCAGGGAGGAAAACCAGAAGGAUCGCUGCUCUGGGAGGCUUGUUGGGACCCAUUUGUGUUUCUGGUGAGGAAACAUGAUUCACGUCUGGAAGGGCUGACUGGGAUGUUUUUAUUCUUCACAGCCUUCUCAGUGCAAACGUCUAUAAAAUAAAACAGGAUGAAUCUAUCAAGGUGUGGCACCGGCUCGGCCCAGAUGAGUCCAACGGUGUCCCUGAGUGUUAUUGACUCCAAAGUCACAUGAUGGUUGAUGAGGUGCAGAUUAGCCUCGGUUUUACUGACAAUUUGAUAAAUUAUUAGAUUAGAUAAAGAAUAAAACCAAACACUCAGGCUAGUAAAUGAACUGUUUUAUUGUGAAUAUUAGCUUAUGUAUAAAUAAACAACAGGACUCAAGUCAACCACAAUAAAAGGAUUAAAUCUAAAUUUCAACAUGAAUAAAAUUUUAAGAAUAUAUAAAUAAGGACGAAGUUUUGGAAAUAGAAAUAGACAAAAAUACUGAUAGAAAAAAAAUCAAACAUAAAAAUAACGAAUAAAGACAAAAAAAAAAUGUUUUAUGACAGCAGGGCGUGCGCGUGCGCCCUCGGCAGACACGAGCAUAAAGACACACAGCUCAUCCGCUCGCCUCCCAUUGACGUCAGUCCGGUAUCACAUGAACGAGCGGAGACCAAUCGGAGCAGCGCAGCUCCUCUUCUCACCGAGACGCGAGCAAGAGCAAAUAAACGCAAACCGUGUCCGUGCGUCCGUAAUGGCCCCCGGACCUUAUAGUGGACUGUAGCGAGGCGCCGCCGCUGGGUCUCCCCCGGGUCCCGCUCCCCGCUGUGGAUUACUGCGUUUGGAUCCGGACGGAACGGAAGGAGCGGAUCAGGCCAUGGCCCUAACACACUGAGUAGCUCGCUGUCGGUGGGGUGGGGGGAGAAGGCGAGACGCGCACCGCGGAGACGGCUCACGGGGAGGAAAAUGGUGGAUUGUUUGCAGAGAGUCUUUAAAAGCUUUCGCACAUCUGGAGUUGCUGCGCGGAGACGCUGAUCUGCGGCGGCUUUGCGCCUGUCCACAGUAACCGAGAUCGUGUUGUUGAGCCUGUUUGGCUUGAGCUGGAUCAGAGACGACAUGGAUUUCACGAGCGGCGGCGGCGGAACCAACGAGCUGCACAACAACCAGAUCUAUCAGUGCGAGGAGAGCAAGCCUCUGCUGGGGGAGAUGUCAGAGGGGAACAACAACACCAAGGUGGGCGCGGGGCCGUGCAA